AUGGUGCCGCCGGGCAGAACAGCAGGGAGGCAGCACACCCGGGGCGUAGGUUACUCGCCGGCCGAGCGAACGUGGGACCCCGAUGUGUCCGGAAGGGAGCCGACGAAUGGCGGUCCCGUCGCCCUCCCGCGACGGCACGUCGUUGCGUCGGCCAUGGACGAUGGCAAGGGACCACCCGGUCGCGCCGUUGCCCACGCCGCCUCGCCCCGUGCGUGCAGGCUCCCCAGGGGCAAGGACAAGAGUGACGAUUUGAUGGCGGUGCACGUAGGCGGUGCCUCUGCGCUGGGUCCGGCCACCCACGGCGCAGGCUGCAACUGCAAGUACGUGGUGGGCUGCCCGAGCACCCCGCUGCCCGUUCGGUACAGAGGUUUGGCCGCCGACGGCCUCUCGCCCGGAGCCCGGGGCCCGCAUCCCCACGGCGCCCGCGACGGCGUGUUGCCCGCGACGGCUGGCUGCCGAGAGGCGCGGGGGAGCGUGCACUCGGCAAGGUGGCGAGGGGGCAAGGCGGCGAGGUGGCCGUCCGACGACAAGGCGACGCGGGCGACGAGGACGACGAGGGCAAAGGCGCCGUGGCAUCAUGACCAUCGUCGUCCCCCGCCGCGUCGCGGCGCCACGAGGGCAAGCCACCGACACAAUAUUGUGGCGGCUCGCUUCGUACCAGGCCGGUGGCACGGCGGACCAAACGCAAGCGGUGCCCGGCAAUCAGCACCCACGCCCGCCGUUGGACGCCGCCGCUGGUUCCGUCGGCCGAUACUGGAGCCGCUGUCAUGGGUUCGCUGCCAUGUCAUGACGUGA